AUGGACGGCAUCCCAUUGUCACACCAUGAGUUGAAGGAACGUGGCCUGCUUCACAAAUGGCGCCCAGACUGCAUCCCUCUGCAGUUUGUCUGCUGUCUGACUUGUUCUUCAGGGUCCCGCGGAAUGUUCACGAUCUUCGUGUCCCAUCAAUGGCUCUCAUCCAAGCAUCCAGACCCUGAUGGCCAGCAGUUGGCAGUUCUGCGCUCGACGUUGCAGGGCAUUGUCGAUGGAUCGCUCCAGGUGGAACCUGAUGCAAUCAGUUCCAUGCAAGGCCAGGGAGGCGGACUUACCUCUCGCUCACGUGAGGACGUGAGCAAUGGUUUCGUGUUCCUGGACUGGUUUGCAAUCCCGAGCAUCACUGUCCGAACGAUGGAGGGCAACACUAUGCCAGAGGGUCUAAGGGCCGUUCGCAGUAUCCCGGCCUAUGUUGAGGUUGCAGACCUCUUCGUGUCUUUGGUUCCCGAGCUGAUUACGGAAACGAGCGUCAUCGUGGUGCUUGGCCCCAAAGAGGCAAAGUUCAUUCACCCCUUGGCAAACCGCAUCUCAGAUGGGGACUUCACGGUGGAGGGCUUCUCGGAUUCAUACCGCUUCCUCCUUGCAAGGACGCCUGUGAUGCUGGGCCAGACGAGCAAAUCACGGAGUACAAAGACCUUCCUUGAGGACUUCAAGUUCAGCAGCUUGGAAUCAGCUGGAUCACAUUCUGGAAUGGGUGGCAUUCUCUGCGCAGCCUUCUCAGAGGAUGCAGGGAUGCUGCGUGUCCUGGCCAACAGCCGGGCUGAUGUGAAUUCCGGUGUGUCUGGCCUCGGCAAUUUGGGGUUCUUUGAUGGCCAGUCCGCCCUCCUCCUGGCCACAAGGCACCUCUGUUCGGUGGGUGUUUUGUUGUAUUGCUGCCCCAUGUAUCAUGCAGUUCCCAUCAUUAUCGCAGCAGAAAGCAUGGUGGAACCAUCGCUGAGGCAUGUCCAUGCCCUUGUUGCUGCCGGAACAGACUUGCACACGCCAGUGUUCCCGAUGGGGUUGACGCCGCUGACCUGUGCUAUCUCACAUGCUUGCCACAGAACCGUCGAAGCGAUGCUGCUCGCGAAGUGCGACCCAAACCCUGAGCUAAGUGGUCUCGGAUACGGCCCACUUCACUCAGCAGCAGCCUUCUCCCGAGAGAACAAGCAUGCAGUGGAAAUCACGCGUUUGCUUCUGAGCCAUGGUGCGGACUUGAACCUGCAAGCCCGCCCGUGUCAUGCUUUCAAGAUUAUCUCCUGGGCAGCUCGAGCCUACUUCCAUGUGGUCAACUUGGGAUGCAGCUCGAUGAUGAGCUUGAAGGUUUUAGCCAGCUUGCCCGGGUUGACGCCUGUGGGGUUCGCUGCAUUACUCGGUGACAGCGCUGUGACACAGGUGCUCGUGGAUGCAGGCGCCGAAAUGCUGACCAAUGAGCGGGGCGACUCACCAUCGGAUUUGGCCAUGGCGAACCUGCAUGAAGGCUUGCUGCCGUGCCUCUCCACCUUCAGCAUCUGA